AUGACAACGAACGCUUUGACGUCCAGCUUCACCGCUGCUCCCUGCUAUCAUGGUUACGGCUUCUCUGGCCGUUUUGGCUUGAACGUAGCAAAGUUCUGCUCUAGAAGAUGCUGGGGAGGCCGAACCCUGCUUUUUCCUAGGCGGACGCUUCGAGUUUCUUGCCAGACAGAUGAAAAGCUGAUAAGGCGAUAUUCACCAUUUCUCGAAGGCACUUUACUGUCGAGUGGUGGUCGCUUAGGAUCCGAUGAUUGGCAAGCUGUUCCUGACAUUUGGAGGUCUUCUGCAGAAACGUAUGGAGAUCAGAUUGCACUUGUCGAUCCAUAUCAUAACCCACCUUCAAACAUCACUUAUAAUCAGCUGGAGCAGGAAAUCUUGAACUUUUCUGAAGGCCUUAGAGUCAUUGGAGUGAAACCAGAUGAAAAAUUAGCUCUCUAUGCUGAUAAUUCAUGCCGUUGGCUGAUUGCUGAUCAAGGUAUAAUGGCCACGGGAGCUAUAAAUGUGGUUAGGGGAUCGCGGUCAUCUGUUGAGGAGCUAUUGUUUAUAUACCAGCAUUCUGAGAGUGUUGCUCUCGCCAUUGAUAGUCCUGAAUUGUUCAAUCGGAUCGCAGAAGUUUUCUGUGAUAAGGCAUCUAUAAGAUUUCUUAUUCUACUAUGGGGGGAUAAAACAUCCCUUUCUAUCGAAGAAACAGAAGACAUGCCCAUCUUUUGCUACAAUGAAAUCAUAAAUCUGGGACAAGACAGCCGUAAAUCUUUGCUUGACUCCAAGGACACCUCUAAUCAUUUCAAAUUAAUUAGAGUCAGCUCUGAUGAUGUUGCUACGCUUAUCUACACCAGUGGGACAACUGGAAACCCAAAGGGCAUCAUGUUAACGCAUAGCAAUUUGCUGCAUCAGAUAAGAAACUUGUGGGAUAUUGUGCCUGCUGUACCUGGGGAUAGAUUUCUGAGUGUGCUUCCGCCAUGGCAUAUCUAUGAACGUUCCUGUGAGUACUUCAUUUUCACACAUGGAAUUGAGCAAAUGUACACAACUGUGAAGAACCUGAAGGAGGACUUGCAACAAUAUCAACCUCAUUAUCUCAUCUCUGUCCCUCUAGUUUAUGAGACACUCUACAGGGGGAUUCUAAAACAGUUAUCUACAGGCUCUACUGCUCGCAAGCUUAUAGCUCUGACAUUUAUCAGGAUCAGCAUGGCAUUCAUGGAUUUCAAGAGGAUAUACGAGGGUAGAUAUCUGACAAGAGAUCCAAAGCAACCCUCAUUGCUUGCUUCAAUAUUGGAUUGUUCGUGGGCAAGAUUUGUUGCUGCUAUGUUAUGGCCAUUGCACAUGUUAGCCGAGAUGAUAGUUUACAGUAAGAUUCGUUCAGCCAUUGGAAUAUCAAAGGCUGGCAUUAGUGGAGGUAGUCGUUUGCCUAUGUUCGUGGAUAAAUUCUUUGAGACUAUUGGUGUGAAAAUACAAGAUGGGUUCGGUAUGACAGAAAGUUCACCAGUUGCUGCUUGUCGAAGACCUACCUGCAUUGUUCUUGGCUCGAGUGGACAUCCAAUUCGAUAUACCGAACUCAAAAUUGUAGAUCCUGAAACUGAUGAGACUCUCCCUCCCAGUGCAAAAGGAAUUAUCAAAGUGAGGGGGCCACAAGUAAUGAAGGGUUAUCACAAGAAUCCUUUAGCUACAAGUCAAAGCUUGGAUGAGAGCGGCUGGCUCAACACCGGUGAUAUCGGUUGGAUUGCACCUAACCAUUCUUCAGGGCGAAGCCGUCAUUGCGGAGGCGCAAUUGUUUUUGAAGGCCGUGCUAAGGACACUAUAGUCCUUUCCACAGGUGAAAAUGUUGAACCCUCAGAGCUUGAAGAAGCUGCAAUGAGGAGUAGCCUGAUUCAACAAAUUGUUGUUAUUGGGCAGGAUCAACGACGUCUAGGAGCAAUAAUUGUACCAAACAAAGAUGAGGUCCUACUGGCUGCAAAAGAGAUGUCUAUAGUAGAUGCCAAUGCCUCUGAACUUAGUAAAGAAGAUUUGGCCAGUCUACUACAUGAAGAAUUGAGAACCUGGACUUCGGAGUGCACAUUCCAAAUUGGACCAAUUCUCGUCGUGGAUGAGCCGUUGACGAUUGAUAGUGGUCUGAUGACUCCAACGAUGAAAAUUAGAAGGGACAGGGUUGUGGCUCUCUAUAAAGAUCAGAUAUCGGAGCUAUACAACUGAUGUUUGUCUUGGAUGUCACCCCUCUCAAUUCAGCACUUCAUUGUCUAUCAUGGUUGCUUUAGCAACAUAAACCUGGGUAGAAUUAUUGAAUUGCGCAGGCUUAAGAUGCCUUACUCAGAAGGUUUCUGCAGAUAAUACAACUUAAUGAU